AUGGCCGGUCUAUUGGUAUUGGGAAUAGGUGCUCUGCUCACCUAUUUCCUAGCCAAAAGCAUACAUCGACUGUAUUCCCACCCUCUCAGCAAAAUUCCAGGUCCCAAGCUUGCCGCAAUCUCAACCAUUUAUGAAUUCUAUUUCAAUGUGGUUAAGGGAGGAUCUUUUAUUUGGGAGAUAGAGAGGCUGCACAAAGUAUAUGGGCCCAUCAUUCGUGUCACUCCUAACGAGGUUCAUAUCAAGGAUUCCAACUAUUAUGAUGAGAUAUACGCCUCUAGCAAGCGCAGACGGGAGAAGGAUGCUAUCCUAGUCGCUCAGUUCGACCUCAAGGGGUCGGCAUUUUCAAGUAUCACCCCAGAAGAGCACCGACAGAAGCGCUCAAAUCUGGAAAAGCAUUUCUCAAAACAAUCCGUCAUUAACAUGGAACAUCUGAUUCAUGAGAACAUCGACAAAUUGGAUGAACACUUCAAGCGCGCCUAUGAAUCCCACAAAGCCGUCACCCUCGAUGCUGGCUUCGCUGGGCUAACAUCUGAUGUCAUUCACAAAUAUGCCUAUGGAAUUAACAGUGGAAACCUUGAUCACGAAGAGUUCAACGAAAAAGUCCGAGACGGAAUCAAUGGACUAUUCAAGUUCGGCCAUAUCUCAUACUUCUUCCCGAUCAUCCAAGUCAUCAUGAAGUCGCUUCCAUUGGGGUGGCUUGAAAAGAUUGACGCAUCUGCACAUGCGCUAGUGAGUCAAAAGGCGAUCAUUACCCGCCAGACGAGCGAAUUUCUAGAUGGCAAGCUGUCAGGCUCCAAGCCUCGCCCUAUCUUGGAGAUCAUCGCCGGUUCGGAUAUUCCCGAGCACCUGCGCCAAUUAGAAGGCUUGAACAAUGAUGGAUUCAGUCUCAUUCUCGGUGGCACUGAGACAACUGCUCGGGCACUAACCAUUGCUGCUUUCCGCCUCAUAUCCAAUGACAAUAUUAGAAAGAAGUUGCGAGAGGAGCUGCGGACGGUGAUGCCCACUCCUAAUUCUCGCCCAACAUGGAAUCAGCUUGAACAGCUGCCAUAUCUGUCGGGUGUCGUUUCGGAAAGCUUGCGCUUGUCUACUGGAAUUGCCACUCGCUCCCCACGUAUCGCGCCCACCGAAGCUCUGGUCUACAAGGAUUACACUAUACCUCCCGGGACACGGGUGAGCCAAACCAAUUACUUCGUUCUCACAGACCCCGAGAUUUUCCCUGAUCCGCACGUUUUCGACCCAGAUAGAUGGCUACGCGCUGCUGCAAAGGGAGAGCGACUGGAUAGAUUCAUGGUCCAAUUCUCAAAAGGCACUCGGAAUUGUUUGGGCAUGAAUUUGGCAUAUGCAGAAUUGUUCCUUGUGCUAGCAACAUUUGUUCGUCGCUUUGACAUGGAGCUAUUUGAGACAAGCGAGAAGCAUAUCGCUUUUGUGCGUGACUUUGGAACUCCGUAUCCUGAUGAGGGUAACACCACUGUGCGUGCCAUGGUGACUGGGGUAGUCAAGGAGUAA